CAAUACGGAAGUAAACAAUCCGCAGCUGACGUGGAGCAACCUUUCUUAACUAGCAAGACGGACUGGGUCAGCUGGAGCAGAGUUCACUGAUUUUACAGCGACACUUGUUGCUCAAGUUGCUUUAUUAUUUUUUUAUUUGUUAAAUGGGCUCCGCUGGUGUCGUCUAAAUUCUCUGAAUAACACGCGGUUCUUAUUAAACUCGUCGCAGUGAAGUAAAAUGGCGUCAGCGGAGGAGGCCAGCAGACCGUUCGCCGGGCUGUCAGACGUCUCUAUCUCGGAGGACAUCCCCGUGGAGGGGGACAUCUCUGUACCUAUUAGCUCGUCCAGGCGGGACGAUGAGUUCUCCACGCUGGACGAGCCGGUGAAAGAGACCAUCCUACGGGAUUUGAGGGCGGUGGGGAACAAGUUUAUCCACGUCCUGUACCCGAAGAGGAGCUCGGCUCUGCUACGGGACUGGGAUCUGUGGGGCCCGCUGCUGCUCUGCGUCACGCUGGCUCUGCUGCUUCAGGGCGGUGCAGCGGACAGCGACGACCAGGGAGGACCACAGUUCGCUGAGGUUUUCGUCAUCGUGUGGUUCGGCUCCAUCAUCAUCACGCUCAACUCCAAGCUCCUUGGCGGCACCAUCUCCUUCUUCCAGAGCCUGUGCGUGCUCGGAUACUGCAUCAUGCCUCUAACAGCGGCCAUGGUUGUGUGCAGGAUCGUCCUGGUCGGGGGCUCGGGGACCGUCAGCUUCGCAGUGCGGCUCGUGGUGGUGACGGCGUCCUUCGGCUGGUCCACCUUCGCCUCGACAGCCUUCCUUGCUGACAGCCAGCCGCCUAACCGUAAGGCUCUGGUGGUGUACCCCGUGUUCCUUUUCUACUUCGUGAUCAGCUGGAUGAUCCUGACGUUCUCGCCAUCGCAGUAGAAAAAGGAAUGGAUGUGGACUGACAGACAAGAGGGUUUUUUUUUUUUUUUCAAGUGACAGAACUCAAACAAACACCAGUAUCUGCCUUUGAACCAAGAUGAAUGACUACUGAAAUGACUCUGGGUGUUUCUCGGUGUCUGAUAUCAUAUUAAGACUCAAUGGACUCCAAAAUAAUUCCUGUAUAACUCUUUCAGGUGAAGAAAUGGCUCUUUUUCAGAGUCAGAGACGUCUUUGGGAUGGUUGGCUGCAGAUGGAGAGUUAAAAAGCUGACGAAUAACUUCCUGUUUUUCCAGUUUGUCUCCCAGAUAUGUUUACAAGCUGUGUAUAAAUAAAGUCUAUAGGCUUGUAUAUAGAAAUGCUCUAUGAAUGUCUGAAGUACCAGAGAUGUAAUUAUUAUUAUAUCUCUUCCUAGUCUCCUUUGGUUGUUUUAAAACCUGAAACUGUUCCUAAGGUUGUUCUUGAGCGCUAAAAUGUCCCACUAAUUACUAUACUACAUUCUUUUGAUUUUUUUGUGCAUUUUGAAUAAGAAAAGCAACCUGUCCAACUGUU